AUGAUGAGUGCGGAAGACAAAGAUGUAAGAAUUCCAAUUGAAGGAGAUAUUCUAACAACAAAUACGGGAGAAUCAAUAACUCUUCAUCAAAAAUUAGGAAAUGGAGCAAUGGGACAAGUAUUCUUGGGCAAAUUAAACGAAAGGUACGGUAAUCUAUACAAGUAUUAUUUUUAAAAUAAUUUUUUUCAGACAUGUUGCGGUCAAAACUGAAACAAAAGCUCUCGGUUUAAUUCCAUUGGAAGUUAAAUUGCUUUUGACAGCGAAGAGGGAGAAAUUCACUCAUUUUUGCACAAUCUAUGGAUAUGUUAGUUUAUUUUUUUCUAUUUUCAUUUCAAUUCAUUAAAAAAACUUAUUUUUAGGGAAAAGUUUCAAGGGCAUAUAAUUUCAUGAUUAUGUCUCUUUUAAAUUCGGAUUUGUACCAACUCCGAAUGGAACUUCCAAAUACAUAG